UUUUUCUUCUUCCUUUUUCCAUAUUCUUCUCUUCUUUUCUUAGUAGCUCUUCUUUUAUAUAUAUAUAUAUAUUAUUUUUUUGUAUGUAUGGGAAAGCGGUCAAGUGUUAGUGAAGAAAAACCCAUUGCAACAGUAGAAGGUUGGGAAGAUGGACAACAUUAUCAACGACCUCUGACCAAGUUAGAUAGAUGGGAACUCCAGUCAGCGGAUAAACUAACUAUUCAUAUUGACGACACUGACAUUGUACUUGUACAAGAUCCUCAUUCUAAUCAUCUUGGUGGAUAUGUUUGGCUUAGUUCAAUUGUGUUUUGUACAUACCUUUCUGCUUUACAUGCAGGGAUGCACAAAGGACGUGGUCAACGUCAUGAAUGGAUACAUAUGGACCAUGGCAAACGAUGGGUGGAACUGGGCUCAGGUGUAGGAUUGAUUGGUUUGAUGCUUCAUCGACUUGGUAUUGAACAUGUGAUGGUGACGGAUAUAGCAGAACUGGUGCCUACUUUGGAACGUAAUGUAGAAGCCAAUGGUAUUUUAGUACAAUCUAUCACUGGACGACGUAAGAAUGAAAAAUCAAUGGAAGAUUAUUCGAACAUGGCAGUGGUGGUGGAACCAUUAUUAUGGAAUGAUGAUGAUGCUAUUGGACAUGUCAAAUCGGCAGGACCUAUUGAUUAUAUUGUAGCGUGUGAUUGUAUUUAUUCUGAAGCAAGUGCGGUAGGUUUAGUAAUGACAAUGGAUAAAUUGGCAGGACCUGAUACAAUCAUUAUUUGUCUUUCUGAAGUAAGAAAUCAAGCAGCUCAAGAUACUUUCAUGGAACAAGCGAAUCGUGUUUUCUCUGUGGAUUUGAUACCUCCUGAACAAUGGCGUAAAAAAGUGACAGGUGUGGAUUUUGAUGAAACUCUCAACUUGUAUCGUCUAUGCAAAUCAACUAUUUUACCACAUAUGAAGGAUAGACGUAAGAAGAAAUCAAUGACAACUACGGUUUUUUAGUUUAUUAUAUAUAUCAAAUAAACUUUCUUCAGUUUGGCCU